CUUAAGACCGGCAGUCUCACGGUACGAUGACCUCCAGGCCACAGCCUUGUCCAAUUCAAUAAAAUAUUUAUCGACCUCUCUAUUCACCGUCUCAUCUCUCACUCCUAACGCCGGAUUUCUCAUCUUUCCUCGUAUCACCGGCAUCAAUGAAAUGAGGCCGCCGCCUCAGUCCUUCAUCCUCCUCCUCCUCUGUUGGGUCUAUCCCUGUUUUUCGGUUGACUUUCUCUUUAAUUCCUUUAAUGCUACAAAGCCCGGUGUUAUUUUCAUCGAUGAUGCCCGGGUGGACUCGGCGGUCAUCCUGCUCACCAACGAUACCAACCAGUAUUCCUUGGGACGAGCCUUUUACCCAACAAGGAUUCGAAUGAAACCAACUCAGAACUCCACUACUCUGUCUUCCUUCUCUACUUCAUUCGUUUUCUCUGUAUUGCCAGAGAUCGCCUCAAGUCCAGGCUUUGGCCUUACCUUUGUUCUCUCAAACUGGACCAACCCUCCUAAUGCUCUCGCCAGUCAGUAUUUCGGGCUUUUCACUAAUGCGACUGUAUCUUCUCAGGCUCCACUUCUGGCUGUGGAGUUCGACACGGGGCAGAAUCCUGAAUUCAACGACCCUAAUGGGAAUCAUAUCGGGAUUGAUUUGAAUAACAUUGAAUCUACCAAGACAGAACCUGCUGGAUAUUAUAAUUCCUCUGGAGGAUUUGUGCCAGUAAUUAUGAACAAUGGGCAGAACGUUCACGCCUGGAUUGACUUCAAUGGUCCUAAUUUUGAGAUAAAUGUGACUGUUGCGCCCAUUGGAGUGCCUCGUCCGCCUGUGCCUACACUCAAUUUUAAAGAUCCUGUUAUUGCUAAUUAUGUUUCUGCUGAGAUGUAUGUGGGAUUCUCGGCUUCCAAGACGACUUGGGUUGAGCCCCAAAGGAUUUUGGCUUGGAGUUUCAGUGACACGGGGUUGGCCAGAGAGAUUAACACCACAAAUCUGCCGGUUUUUUUGCCCCCAUCAUCGACCAACUCUUUGUCGGCUGGGGCUAUCGCCGGGAUUUCGAUUGGUUGUGCUGCUUUUGUUCUUAUCCUUUCUUAUGGGCUUUAUAGGUUCUGGCUAAACCAGAAAUUGAAAGAUCAAGAAGAAGAUGAGAUCGAAGAUUGGGAGCUUGAAUACUGGCCUCAUCGAUAUUCAUAUGAAGAGCUAAGCCAAGCCACAAAUGGAUUCUCCAACGAUCAGCUCCUGGGUUCGGGAGGAUUUGGUAAAGUAUACAAGGGAAUUCUCUCCAACAGCACGGAAGUUGCCGUCAAAUGUGUGAACCACGACUCCAAACAAGGUCUGAGAGAGUUCAUGGCAGAAAUCUCAAGCAUGGGUAGACUCCAACAUAAGAACCUAGUCCAAAUGAGAGGCUGGUGCAGAAAAUCCACUGAGCUCAUGCUUGUCUAUGAUUACAUGUCCAAUGGCAGCCUCGAUCGUUAUAUAUUUAGCAAGCCCAAGAAGCUUUUGAACUGGCAACAACGCCGCCAAGUCCUCGCCGAUGUAGCCGAGGGGCUAAACUACCUUCACCAUGGAUGGGACCAAGUGGUGGUACACAGGGAUAUUAAAUCGAGCAACAUAUUGUUGGACUCAGAGAUGCGAGGCCGGCUUGGAGACUUUGGUCUUGCAAAGCUGUACAGUCACAAUGAAGUACCUAACACGACGCGAGUAGUGGGAACAUUGGGAUACUUGGCACCUGAACUGGCAACGAUUGCCGUACCGACGGCGGCAAGCGAUGUAUAUAGCUUUGGAGUAGUAAUACUAGAGGUCGCCAGCGGAAGGAAGCCGAUAGAGAUGGGGAAGGAUGAAGAGGAAGAUAGGGUGCUUAUUGAUUGCGUGAGGGAAUUGUAUGUCGAAGGGAAGUUGGUGGAGGCGGCGGAUGAGAGGAUGCAAGGGGAGUAUGGGGUGGAGGAGAUGGAGAUGGUCUUGAAGCUUGGGUUGGCCUGUUGCCACCCGGAUCCCCAGAAGAGGCCUAGCAUGAAAGAGGUCGUGGCCCUUCUGGUGGGAGAGCAUGUGGCGGCUGCGCCGGCGGAAUUAUUGACUGAGUUGGCUCGUGGGGCUACCGGAGACAAUAAUGAUGUGUGAAGGGGGCGUUCUGCCGUUGUUUUUUUAUUUUUAAUUUUUUUUACAUAUUAUAAUUUAAAUUUAAAUUUUGUAUUAAAAAAAAAGAACACAAGAAAAUAUUCCAAUUACAUGUGUAAUUUUCUAUUGAAAGGUUAUUGAAUUUUAAUGGAUGACGAGGUGACAACUACUCGCCGACUUUAAUCA